AGUUGUAACAUAGACUCAUUAUAUCUUAAUGCUAACAAAUUUUAAAUAUGCAUCUUGCAUUGUAAAUGUAUUUUUAAGAAAUACAUUCCAUUUUGCCAACAUUUAGAUCCUCAACCUUUUGCUGAAUUUUAUUCUGUAAAACCUUCAGUGUAUUAGCCUUGCUGAUUAUAAAUUGUAAAGUUCCAUAUAGGCCGCUGGGACUGGAAAAAAAAUUACCACAUAACAUUUGAAAAUCUGGUGGAUCCUAUGGGUAUUCAGUUAGUAGGUAUUUUACACGUUUUAAAAUCUUGAUUCUUGAGUAGUUACAGGGCUGAGGAAGAGGGCAUGCUCAUAAUUCUAACUCUUACUAUGUAUGUCAAUAAUAGUUUUAUAAAAUGUAUAUGCUGUUUCUUAAAGUGUAUGCAAACAUUUUUUCCAAAAAUUAACAGUGUUUCAACCAUCGCUUUCUUUGACGUUAUCGGUAUUUGCCUGUUGCCCCUUUCCUUAAAUGAAGGAGGCGUAGAGGAGGAGAUUUGCGUUCGCGAAAUCUGAGGCAAAGCGCAUCAGAUGCAAGGCUGGAAGGCAAGAGUUUGGCUCGCGCGGAGUGGCUGCAGCAUCCUUACUGCCGAGCCGCUUGACUGAAGGAGAAUGGCGUGGGAAAGUAAAAGUCUUGGCGCGGGCGCAGCCGCGCCGAUGAGGACCGUUAGUUCGGGAGGCCGCACCAAAGGCCCCGCCGCGCGCGGACAGAAAAACAAGAAAACAACGGAGCAGCGAUACUUUCGAAUCUGGGCGCGCGGAGCUAAGAAAAAGGGAGACAGCGAAAGGGAGGAGGAGUCACGCGCAGCUUCAUCGGUCCGGCACGCGCCACUCAGUUUUACACCUCCCCCAACCGCGCGCGCGCUUCGUUUCCACUUUGCUAUCACCCGGGCUGCCUCUUGCCCCCACCUUUUGAAGCUUUCUCUCCCGCCGCCGCCGCCGCUGCCGCCGCUUCUUCCAGCCUGUGCCUGACAGUGUGCGCCUCCUACGUGCGUUCCACUUGGUACGGCCCACCUGGAAGAUCAUGGCGAUUGAUGGUGGAGAGAGAACUUGUGGUGUACAUGAACUAAUUUGCAUUAGAAAAGAAUUUCUGCUGAUUGUAAAUAGAACACAGAGUAUGAACGAUGGUAGAGAACAUGACCAGCACCUUUGAUAUAGUAUCUCCUGAGGCAGUUGGAUUUCUAUCAGCAGUUGGGGUACUUAUCAUCUUGCUGUUGAUUCUAUUUCUGUAUAUUAACAAGAAGAUGUGUUUUGAAAAUAUUGGAGGUCUUCCAGACCUUAAUUCCCAUUACAGUUCCCGAAAAAAUUCACAGGACAAACUGCAUAACUUAUAUAGAAAUAAAGACCAGCAUGGUUCAUCAUCGGAGAGUGAAGAUGAGGCAUUGGGCAAAUACCAUGAAGCCUUGUCAAGAACACAAAAUUCAUGGCCACCAGCAGGCGACAGUAGACAACAGAAAAAUUAUCUUUGGGAAACCAGACAAAAAUAUAGUCCUUUGUCUGCAGAGUAUGAUGGGUAUAGUAGUGAAGCCUCUGUAGAUGAAGCAGACUGUAUUCAAAGAAUGAGACAAACACCUCCUCUUGAUGAAUUGCAGCCUCCACCAUACCAGGAUGAUAGUGGCUCUCCACAUCUCUCCUGUACACCUUCUGAAGUUGGUGAGAGCAAAUGUGAAUUCUCUCAGUGCAGCAACAGUCCAAGAUGUUCUUAUAAAUGCCCAAGUGAAGGAAGUAAUGGGCAUGAAAUAGAAAGUUUCCAUAACAAAGGAUAUGAAGAAGAUGUGCCUAGUGAUAGUACUGCUGUCCUUAGCCCAGAGGAUCUGUCAGUUCAAGGAUCAUCAUCACAGCUCCCUAAAUCCUUUGAUCCAGAACCAGAAGCUAAAUAUGGCACCUUGGAUGUGACUUUUGACUAUGACUCACAGGAACAGAGGCUUCUAAUAACAGUCACAGCUGUCACAGACAUUCCAAAUUACAAUAAGACAAGUGGAAGUCUGUGGCAAGUACACCUAGUUCUCCUUCCUAUCAAGAAACAGAGGGCAAAAACCAGCAUCCAGCGUGGUCCUUGCCCUGUCUUUACUGAGACAUUUAAAUUUAAUCAUAUUGAGUCUGAGAUGAUUGGGAAUUAUGCAGUACGCUUUAGACUGUACAGUAUUCGUCGUGUAAAAAGAGAAAGAAUUUUAGGAGAAAAGAUAUUUUACUUAACCAAAUUAAAUCUUCAAGGAAAGAUGUCAGUUCCGGUGACUCUAGAACCAGCAUACAACAUUUCUGGCUGUGAGUCCCAAUUGAGCAUGUCAGAGGCAUCCUGCAGUGAAAGUAUCUCCUCUUGUCAAUCUUUGACACAUGGCUCAGCUCCCGAAAUCCUCAUCGGAUUGCUUUAUAAUGCCACAACUGGAAGACUAGCAGCAGAAGUGAUAAAAGGCAGCCACUUCAAAAAUUUGGCAGCAAACAGACCACCCAAUGGACUGUUCUGUUGUCUAAAACACUUGAUAGGUGGACAGGUUUAUAUAAUACGAGAUACAUUUGUUAAGCUGACAUUGCUGAAUUCCAUGGGUCAAGAGAUGUCCAGAUGCAAGACAUCCAUCCGAAGAGGGCAGCCAAAUCCAGUCUACAAGGAGACCUUUAUUUUUCAAGUGGCACUCUUUCAGCUUUCUGAUGUUACGCUUAUAUUAUCUGUGUAUAACAAACGCAGCAUGAAGCGAAAGGAAAUGAUAGGCUGGAUUUCUUUAGGUUUGAACAGUUCUGGUGAAGAGGAGCUGAACCACUGGACUGAGAUGAAAGAAUCAAAAGGACAACAAAUAUGUAGGUGGCAUUCUUUAUUAGAAUCUUAAUGUGGAAUUGAAGCUCAACUGAAUGUCAACGUACAAUAAGAUUGUUGUUUUCGUACAGCUAAGAGACUCUUACAAAAAUUACAAGCUUUUGUAUUUCAGAUUAACAUUCCUGUUUAAAAAAUGCACAAAAUGCUGUGAAGAAGUAUAAACAUUCACAUUUUUAUUUAAUAUUACUGAUUUUUUAAAGCACCAGAUACAGAAGACAGAAACCACUAGUCUUUAUCUUGAAACAUUUAGGAUUCUCUCGCCUAUUCUUAUUUUGGUUAACAUGUAACUUUUAUGUAAAUCCUUUAUUUGUAUGAAAUUCUCUGAUUGUUUUAUUUUCUUCUAGUAGUGUUAUGCUCUGUGUUGUAGAUGAUCUAUCAAGAAGAUCUAGAGGUGGAAAGAAGAAUGAUUAAAUGGCAAAAGAAAGCUCAACAAUAGGAGAGAAAUAUUGUAGGUUUGCAAUAGUAGUAUUAUUUUUUUCCAUUCUUGGUGAUUUAACAUUUCAGACAGUGUACAUCUGAAGAGUUGCUAUGCAAGAGAAGCUAGAUACUGAUUACUUAUGAGAUUCUCUGUGGUGUCUGUUUUAAACAUUUUUUUUUCCAGCGAGCUGAAAUUGUUUUGAAAGAGAAUUACCAUUUAUGGUAUAAAGAUACAUAACUUUCACUCUUGAUAAAUAGGCUUUUGUAUUAUUUCAAAAGCCGUAAAACUUGUUUGACCAGACUGUAGGUCUCACCUCUUAAAAAUUACUGGGAUGGUAUCUUCAGUUUAACGUACCUAUGAUGCAGGAUUAUUCAUUGUGUGCCUUCUUUGGAUCUUAAUGAAAUAGGACCCAGUGUAAGCACUGAGCACUUUUCAAUUUUCUGAUUCCUCAUUUGCCAGCUUGAAAGCACAGGAUCCAAAGAUUUGCACAAGGGAGCUUUGGAUAUGUGAUUUUGAAAAGCAGAAUUCUUUUCUUUGAAACUGUGCUUCCACAUAGAUGUUUCUAAUGGUACUAAUCAAAAGAUAUUGUGUGACUGUUUCAUCUUUCCUUAAUAAAAUUUCUAUGCUCAGAAAAAAAAGAGAAACUGAGGAAAAAACAUGGAGGUUUACAAGUAGAAGACGAUAAUAUAUAAUUUCUCCAAAAAACGCAGUAGGGCAAAGCAGUGUGAUGUGGUGGGAAAUCUACUUUUUAAGGGAAAAAAGGUAAAACAAUUCACUGGGCAGCCAGAAGUUCCUGGACAUAAGUAAAGUAGUCCCUUUACACAUUAUAAGAAGUUUGGAGAAGCUGAUGACAACUUGCAGGCAGUUUCUGUCAUGGAUCUCUCAGUGAGAGAUGCUUUAAGUAAAAAAAAAGAAGGAUUUCACUCAUAGAUGCUUUUUAAUUAAGGUAUUUGGUCUUUAUAUGAAAUAUGGUUAUUGGCAGUUCAAGAUCUAAGAAAUACGUAAAUAUUUUUAAAAACAGAAAGUUUUAGAAAUUCAAUGAUGAUAACAUUUCGGAAUUAUAAUAUCUGAGUAAUUUUAAAUAAUGACUUAAUCCCAGCAGUUAAUUCACUUUCUUUCUCUCUCACACAUGCACACAAGCUUGAAAAAGACAGUUUCAUGAAUUUCAGUUAUAUUGAAGGUUAAGACACUGCUUGCCAUGAAUAUAGUGUUGAGAUCAUGAUAAAAGAAAGUACAGCUUAAACACCUACAAUGUCCAUGGAAUCUAUAUUGGUUGGAAACAUAGCCAGAACUGAUGAAUUCUAUUCAAGUGCUAGCUUUGGCUCUAGAGAAGCUGAAAAAAGAAGGAUCAAUGCAUUUCUUUUUAUACUUAAAGUAGACUGAUUAAAUACAUGUUUAAUACUCUUACCCACAAUAAUAUUGAAUGCUGCUAUGUUUGAGAUCAAAGACCUUGCAGACUUGCAUGAAUGGAUUCAAGUCCAUCACAUGAAGGAUGUGUAAUGUUCAGUUUCAAAAAAUUUAACAACCUCCUUAAAAUUUCUCAGCCGUAGUCUUAAAAUUGUUAUUCAGUGCCUUUCAUGUUUCACCACUUAAAUUUGUAACUAUAAUGUGAUGCUAAAUUGAUUGAUUUUAAAGGUUUAUCAAAUGAUUUUUCCUGUGUUGCAUGAAAUGUAUAGCACAAGAAAUGUAAUUUUGUUAAUAAACACUGUUCAGGAUCUUUUUGCAAACUUAAAUAUGAAUAAUAGUACAAUUUAUUGUAUUAUUUUCAGUUCUAAAUCUUGUUAAUUUGACUUUCUACAAGCCUUGCUUUGUAUUUUGAAAAUCCUUACUUAGUUGCAUUUCGGUUAAAAGUUAAAUAUUUAGAUUUUAUUUGUAGAUUUUAGCCUCAAUUCCAAACUUGCUUACCAUAAAAUAUGUACUAGAGCUUAUUUCUGAAAUGCAUGUUUAGAAUUAAGACUUGCAACAUCACAGUGCCUUGAAGAAUGGAUAAAGUAUUUUUAAAGAAGAAAGAGUGAUGAAAAACUGUGAUUAUGAUCCAGGAAAUUCCUGAUUCUGGAAAUUUCUUAAUCUGAAUUGUUCCUCUAUAUUUUUUCUUUUUAAAAUAUAGUCUAUCAUAGACACAUCUAACAAACUAUUUUGUUGGAAAGCAAGAUAGAUGUGGAGCAAUUAAAAUAUAUAUAUUUGUUUUUCUGCCACUGUCAUGUCAAUACUUUUGUCUUAAUUUUGAAAUGGUAUACACCUUGCUUGGAUAUUACUGUACAAUGUACACAUAAAUAAUGUUUGAUGGCCUUGUAAACAUAAUAAACCUUUGAUUUGGCAUAAAACAUUG